AUGAACUUCCACUGUUCAGGAUGCAACUCAAAAGCCUUCUCGUACCAGGGAUACCAGACCCACCUACGUCUCAGUCAAAACCCUGAAUGCCGGCGCCUCUACGAUUACCUGCACUCAUACGUUCCAUCUGAUUCAGACUCUUCGGAUGCUGAAACAGAUGAGGGAGACGAAGAAGAUCCAGUACCGUUUGCAGGUGACUAUUUCAGUCCGAUGUACACGCCAGAGGAUUUUGGACAGAGUUUGGAUGAAGAGGGCAGAGAUACCGAGAAUAUGACUCCCGAAGGGUCGGAGGGGGGAAAAGUAGACUCAGAGGUGGAUACCAGUGAUUCUGAAGGGGACUCUGACCUCGAUGCGGCUGAGCAGGCAAUCAUUGAAAGCAUUCCAGAAGUGUCUCGCUCUGCACCUACUUCGAUGCCAUAUUAUCCGGAAUCUGACAAUGAAGCCUUGGACACACCUGUACCCCUGACACGAAGACAAGCUAUAGAUGAAAGGCUACGGAAGGAGAUUUUUAUUGAAAAAUUCCCAUCCAUCCUUGCAGGGACACCUCUACAUUGA